AAUGCAAUGUCGAACAAGCCCAUAGUGACAGGGUAGGAACCAUAGUUUCAGUCCAUGUUUCCCAGGGGACUCUAAUUGGUGUUAAACAUGUGAAACGUAUAAAAGCAGAGAUACUGUACAGUAUAUGAUGACGAGACGGUCUUGUCUCCGCCCUAAUAAUGGGCGUUGUUGUCCCAAUGGUGGGAAGGCAUAUGGUCUGCAUAUCGCUGUAUUCCCAAGUACACCGAUUUUAACGGGAGUGGACCAUCUCGCUUCGCCUCUUCCUCUCUGAUAAAAGCACUCCAUAGUCCUUUUCAGGGGUGUAUUUAUUACAGAAACCCUUUACCGUUUAAAAACCAAACAAAAGCAAACGGAGCAAACGGAACAAAACGGGGAGGGACCUACCUAUAUUUGUCCAAUAGAAAAUCCUGUUUUUGUUGCAAAACAUUUCCCCUUUAGAGUAAAUCGUUUCUGUUGCAAAACGUUUUGCAUCAGAAUCCAUUGGGAGAAUUCCAAUUGGAUUGCUCGCCUCCUCUCCUCCAGCUGGGGAGAGGAAACAAAUGCGUUUUUAUUAAAUGAGACUCUCCAUUUCGACUCUUUCGCAUCACCAGGCAAAUUAUAUUUACAGGGGUGGAAUCCUAAAAUAAAUGUGUAAAGUGAUCAAAACGAAUUUAGCUUUGAAAGAUAAAAGGAUAAGUAGCAUAUUUUCUAAAAGUGUGCAGGCUUUACUCCUUUGAGAAGAAAACAUCUGAUUCAAAGGGACGUGGUGUAUUUUAAAACACUUCCAUGCUACCUGCUGUGAGGAUAUUCCUGUAAAUCCUCUGUCGAAGCUAGCUGUUGGGAUAUGAAGCUGCAUCUGCCUGUACUCUUGCUGCUCUGCCUCUGUUGGCUGGGACUGACUGAUGAGACUGGUACGGUAGCUACUGAGUACCACUCUUGCGGGGAGCAGGUGCUCAGCCAGGAGGCCCGGUGGUCAGUAGGGGGUGCUGUAGAGAGACUGGGCAGGCAACUACUGGACAGCCUGCAGACAGGGCCAGAGCAGCCCAACGUCAUCAUAUCACCCCUCAGCGUGGCCCUUGCACUAGCACAGCUCACACUGGGAGCUCGUAACGAGACACAGAAGUUGCUGCUAAGUUCUCUACACGCCCACACUGUGCCCUGCUACCAUGAAUCCCUGGGCAGCCUGCUCCAACACCUCACCAACACCUCCCUACAGGUGGCUACACGCAUGUACCUGCGCCCAGAGUUUGAGGUGUACCAGUCCUUUGUUGCAGAAUCCAUGCGUAGCUACAAAUCAGAGCCUGCCCCUUUGAUCUCAGUGGAAGAUGUCAACCAAUGGGUGGAAGACACCACCAAAGGUCACAUGACCAAUUUCCUGACCAGUAUUCCGCAUGAUGUGGUGCUCAUGCUGAUCAAUGCUGUGCAUUUCAAAGGUGAGUGGGAGGCUCGCUUCGACCCUCAGCUCACACAGAAGGAUGUCUUCUACCUGGACAAUAAGAACUUUGUCCAUGUAGACAUGAUGCGGUCAGCCAAGUAUCCACUGAGCCUGUUAGAAGAUGGGGAGCUUGGGGCUCAGGUUGCACGUUUUCCAUUUAAGGGAAACACCAGCUUUCUGGUAGUGAUGCCGUUGCCAGGAAGAGGAAACGUGUCAUCGCUGGUGGCCAAGCUGAAUAUCUCUGACUUGUACAGACGUCUACCUCAGGAGAGGACCAUGCAGGUCCAACUGCCCAAGUUCACCCUGCAGUACCGCCAAGAGCUACAGGAGGCGCUGACCAGCAUGGGUCUGGGCUCUUUGUUCUCUAGUCCUAAUCUGUCCGGUGUGUCAGCGGUUCCUCUGCAGGUGUCCAGCAUGCGUCACGCCUGCGGGGUGGAGUUGAGUGAGGAGGGGGCUGAAGCAUCUGCAGCCACCUCCAUCACCAUCAUGCGCUCUGUUCCCAUCUUUUCUGUGAACUCCCCCUUCCUGUUCGCCCUGGUAGACCACGCCUCCCUCGCUCCAAUCUUCCUGGGCACCGUCACUAACCCAGCCCCUGACGCCAGCCCCAUUCAGAUCGACAGUCCCCUCGGCGAUGAUCCCAAUGGCAACAGGACCCAAAGUGACAGCUCUCAUAGCAACAGCAAUGUACAGAACGAUGGUCCCCAUAGUAACAACAACGUACAGAGCGACAGUCCCCAUAGCAGUAACAACGUACAGAGUGACCAGCCACAAAGUGAGAGAAUGCAGUGUGGCGUCCCUGUCGGGGGGGAGGAGCAACAACAGCCCCUGAAUGAAGUAGAGGGAAACCCCAACGCCCAAGUGGAGGGGCAAGGAUCCAGUUCCUGUGCCAAUCCCUCUCAUACAGUUCCUUCCUAAACCAACACUGAUGCCCAGCUUGCCCCAACCAAUCUCUCACUGUUCUGUCAUGAGCAACACUGCCUGACCAGCUGGUCUCAUAUGGAGCCCAGCCCUCACAUAGCAAAACCCUAUCCCAAUCUAUUGGCACAGUUCCCAGUCCAGAAUCAACAACAGCCCCUACCCCUAGACACCUGACAACUUCUCACAGUCCCUCCCCUCCCCAGUGAUAACCCCUGAUUACAACCCAAUGAUUUAGGAGAGACCAUGGACCUGUCCCAUACUACACUGUGUGUGCAGAUUAACACUCAAAUGUGUUUUUUUACACUUGGCUGUGCACUGUCUGUCUUACAGUAUUUGUGUUUUGUUUUGAUGUCUUACUUUUUGAUGAUUCUCACCUCUGGUAUUGAUUAAAGAAAUGAAGUCUCAA